GUUGCAGGCUUAUGGAUGUCGUCUUCGAAAGACAGGGAGGUGGUGGCCGCAGAUGUGCCGAUAUUCAGGGUGCUCAUUCUUCCCUGACAAAACAUUCUGGUGAUCAGUUCCCUGGAUGGAGUCCAGCACUGCCAUAAUAAUCUCAGUGCAGGUGCGAGUGUGUCGGCAGCAGCCGUGAUCGGGCCGGCGCUCGGCGGCUGUGAACCGCUCGGCCCGGCCGCCGCCUAUGGAGCCGGCCGGCGGCGCGGCGGCGGCCGCAGCGCGCGCUAACGGCUGCGGGCCCGGCGCCCGCGGCGGCCGCUCACCCACACCGUCGCCAGAGGGCGUGCGGCUUCUCGUGCUGCACGACUACGAGGGGCGCAGCGAGGAUGAACUCAGCCUCCGCAGGGGUCUCAGUGUCGAACUGCUCUCCACCGAUUCGAAAAUCUCUGGAGACCCCGACUGGUGGAUCGGAAAGCUGGAGGGCAGGGUGGGCGUGUUCCCGGCUCACUAUGUGGCUCCGGUGGACGACGCGCUGCAGCCACACAGCAGCUACCCGCCAGUUAUCGAGUUCGCCGACAUCCAGCUGGACGAGAUCAUCGGCGUCGGUGGCUUCGGCAAGGUGUACCGGGGCGUGCUGCACGAUGAGAUGGUAGCCGUGAAGGCGGUCACGAGGACCUCCGAGGACGACUGGUCCACCACCAUUGAACAGGUGCGUCAGGAGGGCCGUCUGUUCUGGCUGCUGGACCACCCCAACAUCGUCUCGCUGCGCGGCCUGGUACUCACCCCGCCCAACCUGUGCCUGGUGAUGGAGUACGCACAGGGCGGGUCGCUCAGCCGCGUCCUCUCACAGCAUAAGGUACUGCCACACGUUCUGGUCAACUGGGCCAUGCAGAUCGCCACCGGGAUGAACUACCUGCACCACGAGGGGCCCAUCUCACUCAUCCACCGCGACCUCAAGUCCUCCAACGUGCUCAUCUCUGAGCGUCUCGACUCACCGGAGGAUUUUCGCCGCGUCACUCUGAAAAUCACCGACUUCGGACUGGCGCGGGAGAUCAAUCGAACGACGCGCAUGACGCAGGCGGGCACCUACGCCUGGAUGGCGCCCGAGGCCAUCGAGUUCAGCACCUUCUCCAAGGCCGGAGACGUGUGGAGCUUCGGCGUGGUGCUGUGGGAGCUGCUGACCGGCGAGACGCCCUACCGCGGCAUCGACGCGCUGGCCGUGGCGUACGGCGUGGCCUCGCACAAGCUGAGCCUGCCAGUGCCGUCCACCUGCCCGGCCGGCUGGCGGGAACUGAUGCUCUCGUGCUGGAGCCUGGACCAGCACCUGCGCCCGACGUUCGAGCAGCUGCUGGUCAAGCUGCAGGACAUCUCCCGGUCGGCGUUCAUGUCCUUCCCGCGGGAGAGCUUCUACAACAUGCAGGAGAACUGGAAGACCGAGAUCGACGAGGUCCUCCGCGACAUCCGCCAUCGGGAAAAGGAGCUGCGCAGUCGGGAAGUGGACCUGCGGCGGCGGGAACAGGAGGUGGCUGAGCGAGAACUGGAUGUACUCACCCGAGAGAUCCAGGUCAUCGUCCAGCAGCAACAGCAGCAGCAGACGGCGCCGACGCCCAAACGGACCAAGAUGUUUGGGAAGAGGGCGAAGCUGAAGGGCCGACACCAGAUUAGCAACCCGUCCGACUUCCGACACAACUUUACGGUACAAAACACGGGCGCGCUGUCGGAGCGGCUGGCCGGCGGCAGUGCGUGGCACCCGACCAGCCCCGAGAGUCCGCCGGCCUCACCGUCACCCGCCCUGCGAGCCAUUGCACUGCCGGCGGACGGCGUCAAGGGCAAGACGUGGGGCCCGAGCUCAGCGCACCAGAUGAACCGGCGACCUCGGCCGCGACCACAGCUGCUGGAACCGGGCAGUCCCAGUACUGCCGACAGCUCGCGCCGCGCCGACCGCAACGGUGGCUCGGGCGGCGGCGGCGCGCUGGGAGCUUACCCCGCCGGCAGCACCCCCUACAUUCCAGUACCGACACUGUACAACGGCGCCGAGGAGCGCGGCCCGUCGCGGCUGGGGGCUCUUCACCUGGCGCUCUACAAUAUGUCCUCCCAGCUGGCCGGGGUGGCGGCCGGGUAUGACGUGCGGCUGAGCAACGUGUCACCCGUCCACCCGCGGCUCAUACCCGCAGACACGGAGAACGUCAGCGUGCCGUGGUGGACGACCGACGCGCCGGUACAGUCGGUGUCGGCCUCAGCGUACCCCCACAACACGUACCACGGACCGACCAAGCACCAGCGGCCCAUGCUCAACCUGGACGCCGGCCCGCUGCGUUUCACUGACACUGCCCCGCUGCCGCCGCCGGCGCCUCGCUCUCCAGGCGCCACCUCUCGGCGGAAGCUCUCCAGUGCCUCGUCGGCCGGCGGCGGCGAGCUGUCGCCUCUGACUCCGUACCGGAGCGGCCGGCGGCGGCCCGACUAUCUGCGCUCCACCUCUGACCACGAGUACCAGGCCCUAGAGCGCGAGCGGCGCGUCUCGGCCGCCGCCGGGCCGCCGGAGUUUGUGGCCAGCGUGCACUACACGGAGCGGGUCAGCCCCGAGUACGCUCACUUGGACAGCUAUUACGGCGCGGACGGCCCGCCGGUGGCGGCCGGCGGCCGGCGCGCGCGCGCCAGCGUCAACCCGGCCUUCCAGCCGGACGUGUCGGGCUACGGCGCCGUGGGGCGCCGCUGGAGGCCGGCCGCCAGCCCGCCAGAGUCGGACGAGAGCGGCUCGUCGCGCGGCGAGCACCUGCUGGACGCGCCGGUGGAGGGCCAGAGCCGGGACCUGACGGUGCCGCUGGCGGCGCUGCACGUCAGCGGCGCCCGCACACCGCGCGCCGGUCGCUACCAGCUCUGACCGGGCGCAGCAGCCGCGCCGGCGCCCGCGGCCAGCCCCCACUGACGCCGGCGGUGACCGAGAUUCGUGCAAUAUUGGCGGCUGGCGGCCGGCGCGCGGACAACAGGUUGUGUUGGAGGCAGCGCGGCGUCUCCCCACUGGAGCAGUACAACAUAUCAGCGCCGCCCGCCCCCGCCCCGCCCCCGCCCGCGCCGGCGGGCGCCGUGCACACAUUCCGAGACUCGCGGCGCGGCCGGCUCGGCGUCGCUGCUCCUGUCGGCAGCGACGCUCGAGCGGCCGGCGCCGCCCGCAUAAUCGCCGUCGUUUUGCUAUGUUGUUUUGUACGGAGCCGCCAGCGGCCCCGCGGAGAAUGGGUCCUCCUACUCGCGAACUGAUCGCGUCGUCUGACAUUCGAGAUAGGUUGUGCCAUUAUUUAUUGGUGGAGACGGCGGUUACCCGCUGUAUUUAUUUGUGGCGCCGUGGAGCGCCGACCUGUGCCAAUCGUGUCCACUGCUGCCCGGGCUGAACGGACCGCCCCACGGAGCGAGCCGCGCCCCAGACGGACAGAUAUUUGUAAUCUAAAUACACGCCUUCGUGACGAUG